GAGGAGGGGGGGCGCGGAAGGGAAAAAGAGGCGGGGAGUUCCAAGUGAGGGAGGAGGUUUUCUUUCGCCUCGGCUGCCCGCGCCGAUUACAGAAGCGGCCGGAGGGGCUUCCUUUCCCUCCCCGCUCCCCAUCGCUCGAGGGCCCCGGGUCCGCUGAGGGGGAAGCGGGGUCGCUGUCACGUCGCGUAAUGAUGUUGGGGUCGCCGGGGCAACAGCCUGGGGGGGCGGGGUCUGGGGCGGCAGCGGCUGCCGGUUCUGCCGCCACUGCAGCCGGCGGGACCGGCGGUGGAGUGUCCGGCUUCCCGUGCGGCGGCGGCGGCGGCGUGUCGGAGAGGAUCCUGGCGCGCUACGUGCAGGACUACCUGGAGUGCGUCGAGUCGCUGCCGCUAGACAUGCAGAGGCUGGCCUCGCUCCUGCGCGAGAUGGACACUCGCUGCCGGGGUGACAUUAAAAGAAUCGAUGAAGUCUGAAAAUACAAGAGUGAAGAUGAUCCUACUCAGAAAAAGCGUUUGCAGCAGCAUCUUCAGAGAGCCCUGAUCAACAGUCAAGAGCUUGGUGAUGAGAAAAUCCUAGUCACUCAGAUGCUUGAGUUGGUAGAGAACAGAGCCCGGCAAAUAGAGUCCCAGUCUCAAUGUUUCCAAGAUCUGUCAGAUACAGAGAAGCCCACCGAAAAGUCAAAAGUGGACACUUGUCUACCAGAAAGAUCUUCACGAAGACCACGUCGACAGCGCACCAGCGAAAGCCGUGAUAUAUGCCAUAGCAAUGGAAUUGAUGAUUAUGAUGACCAGCCCCCUAAAGAAAAGAGAUCCAAAUCUGCUAAGAAAAAGAAACGCUCUAAAGCUAAACAAGAAAGGGAAGCUUCACCAGUAGAUUUUGCAGUAGACCCUAAUGAACCAACUUACUGUCUCUGUGACCAAGUUUCUUAUGGGGAAAUGAUAGGGUGUGACAAUGAACUAUGUCCCAUUGAAUGGUUUCAUUUUUCAUGUGUUGGACUCACUUACAAACCGAAGGGGAAAUGGUAUUGUCCUAAGUGCAGAGGAGACAAUGAGAAGACUAUGGAUAAAUGUACAGACAAAUCCAAAAAAGAUAGACGAUCGAGGUAGUCAAUGCUCUGAAUACAUUGAGAGCUGCGUAGUUUUUAUUAAAAACUGUUUAAUAGGCAGACCCGUAUUUUAGAAUAAUGCAUAAAACUAUGCAAUAUUUUUACAGUCUGUAGUACUAAUGGAGUAUUAAUAGUUGUUAGUACUUUUGUGCUUUGAAUAUUCUGCACUAAAAUAACCAAAUUCUUCGAACAGGGUCACAUGGGAGUAGCACAAAGGGGAUUCAAGAGUUCUUGGUCCCUCACUCUUUUUAAUUGCAGAAUUAUGGUGAUGCCUGAUGAGGACGGACUGGAGGGAUAAUCAUGUUAAGACUGGUAUUUAACAACAUCUGUUGCAGUUGUAACUUUAGUCCAUUAUAGCUCAUUCUGCUGAGAACACUUUCGUUCUAUGACGCUUUUAGACUUCAGAGUCUUAAAAGAUCAUAUUUAAUUGGGGUUAAUCUAGUGUUACAUUUUAAGUCUUUCGGGGUGAAAAGCCAACAUUCUUCUUUAUUGCCUUCCUUGUGAUUUCUGUAUAUGUCACUAUGUUAAUCUUGUGGUGAUGAGGUUAGAAGCCUUUUUAGGGAUGGUAUAUUAAACAAUAAAAUACGAUGGCUAGAAGAGUUCUACUCAGCAUUACAAAGACAGUCCUGAAUUGAGGUUACUUGAUUUUCCCAUUCUGUUCCUUUCCAUCUUUUAACUCAUGUUGUGCCAUCUUGCCAUUGACUUCUUGGAUGAUGGCAGGAACAUAAAAUCAUGUUGAAAAGUUUACAGGUACAAUGGAUGCGUAAGUACUAUAAUAUCUAUAAGUCUUUGGACAAGUUAUAAGAGUUUGCCUGGAUUAGUAUGUUAACUGGCUUUCGUGCUUCUAGGCUCUUAGAGCUGAGGAAAGUUCAAUAGUAGUAAAAAGAAACUGCCCUCUUAUAGAAGAGGCAUACAAUAGAUGUAGAUGUAGACAAAAGGAACUGUGUUCCUCAAAAGCGUAGUGCUUUUUGUAAAACCUUAUACAUAAGGAACCAGGACUUAUUUUUGGAGCAGACAGAAAUUGAAGGUGUUCUAAAACUAGAUAUUAUUUCUUUAAUCGAGUUCUACAUGCCAAAUUUGAUGACAAACAGCUGUAACCUCUGUCUAGCUGUCGAACAUAAUACUAUAGGUUUUUCUAAACAAGGUUUUUUUCCUGGCAUUUGAGAGGGAUCUGUUUGCAUUUCACAGAGGUUAUAACGUGCAUGUGAGGCAAUAGCAAUGUGAAUGAAACGGAAUAAACAGCCUGAUAAUAAAUUCACAUAUCUUCAAACUCUUGUUUCUGCAACAACAAACUGAAACAUUUCUGUGGCUGUUAAAGUUUUUGUGGUUUAACUGAUCUUUGAAAAAGUUCUGGAUACUUUCACACACACAAAAACAUUACCACGAACUCUGACCAGAUACUUCACUUAAGGUGGACAUUUUUCAUUUUGUAAGGGUGACCUUAUAUAUUACCUAGUUUAACUGGGAACUGCUAUUAUUGUUAGGUGUUGGGUUUUAUCAGCUGAAGCGUUACUUCUGUAUUCCACAGAGGAUGGGACACUUGUUUCAACUGAUUCUGAAACACUCUCUCACAAUUUCAUGGGGCAACAUUGAUUGUGACUAUCUCCCAGUGAAAAAGGAACAGUCUUCUUCCAUAAAUAAUAUGUCUUGUGUUCAGGGUCUUUCGGAAAAACAAAAUGCAAGUUCAGAUAUAUGUAUUUAUUUUGGAUGUCUAGUUGCUUUUUCCCAGUGUCCUGAACAAAAUAAUGCAAUCAGUAGGAAAAUUUAAGUCCCAAGGUACUAGCAUGUUGUUGAAAUUCUAAGAAAGAGGACAUAUGUGAACAGUGACUUGAUCCCAGCUGAUUGAAGGAGACUUGGGAACUGGUUUUGGAUUUAUUUGCUCCUGUGUGCUUAACACCAUAUUCAACACCUUCCAUUGAUUGUAAAACUACUUGUGUAUUUCAGAUCUGUUUCUAGGCAUGAUAAUUCUGCAACCAGGUAAUGGUGUGCAUUAAAUAUCUGCACUAUUCCUAAACUGGGAAUGCCCAGACUAGCGCUGCAAUUCCUGUGUCUCCUCUGCUUCCAAUUGACAACCUGACUCUUAGCCCUAUCUUAGCAAAUGAUAAUGUUUCCCAUUUUUAAGAAACUGUCAUUGCUAUGAACUUCUAAUGAUUUUAAAAUAAGUUUGCUUGCUGUGGUUUGACAAUCUCCCUCUUGGUUCUAAAUUUGUAAGCCUGGGCACAUGCAAAUAAGAACUGUGCCACUGAAGUGUAUCAAUUACUUGGAUCUAAUAUUUUGCAUGCUAUGUUUUAUGAAUAAAAACCAUUUGGGUUGUAAAAAUGGAACAGAA